UAAAUCACCCGGAUGUAUGUGUCAUGAAGAAAAGGAAGAAGUCUGGUGCUGUCGUUUCCGAUUCGGAUGAUUCCGAUGAUGACGGAGAUUUUGGAUUGGACUCGCUGACUACUCCUGUUCAAUCGAGCGCUACAAAGGCACAGAACAACGACUCUGACAGUGAUUCGUCUGACAGUGGAAGUGACAUGGAGUGGACAGUUUCUGGUCCAAAGAAAAAACAAAAGGCAAAAGUAAGGAAGAAGGCUGCUCGAGGAGUCACGACUGCCAGUGGGUCUGCUGCUAAGAAACGGAAAGUGUCUGUACAAUCGGAGUCACCAGAAAAUUCAGACACUAACUUACAGUUGCAGCAAAGAGAAUUGUUUGGGUCUAGCAGUGACAGUGGUGAUUUAGAGAGUGGUGAUUUGGACAGUGAUGAUGUGUCUGAUUCAUCUAUUGAUCCUGCUGAUUAUGAUGAUGGCCUGGAUGAUGAACUGCUUGGUGACGCUUCAGAUCGGCGGCGUCUGUCACUGAUGACUGAAGCUGAGCGUGAGCAAGAACUAUUGAAGCGAUAUGAAGCUAGGCAGUCAAUGAAAGAACGUCUUGAAAUUGAAAGAAAACUGAAGCGAUCAAAGAAAGCAGAAGAACGUCGCAAACAGUUCUCAGAAGGAAAGGACGCAUCGUCUAAGGAGAAAGAGUUGCCACUGACACGUUCGAUGAGAGGGAAACCUUCAAGUUCAGCUAAAGACAAGAAAUCACAAGCAAUAGAAGCUCUGAAAGAGAGAAGGCGUGUAGCAGACAAAAAGAAGAAAGAUGCUGAAGAUGAAAUUCACCUUGAAACUUCUACAAAGGAACCGUGUAAGACAAGUGAUGUAUUUACAAGUGACGAAGGAGAUAUGGAUGACUCAUCAAGUGAUCAAGAGGGAAGAGGCAGUAACAUUGACUCAUUAGAUGAAGAUAAUAAGACAUCAUCUUCAACUGCGUUGUCUUACGCAAUCACACUGAAGGAAGAUAUAAAUAAAAUCCGCCUGUCUCGACACAAGUUGGAAUAUUGGUGUCAUAUGCCCUUUUUUAAAGACACUGUUAUUGGCUGUUUUGUGAGGAUAGGCAUAGGUUCAUAUGAAGGUCGAGCCAUCUACAGGGUAGCAGAGGUGACGGAUGUUGUGGAGACUCACAAAAUUUACAGUCUCGGCAAAACAAGAACCAACACAGGACUUCGAUUAAGGCAUGGUGUUCAAGAUAGAGUAUUUCGGAUAGAAUUUGUGUCCAAUGGUGACUUCACAGAAACAGAAUUUCAGAAGUGGAGACAUGAGAUGGAGAUUAAUGGAUUACCAUUGCCACUUCAUGAACAUGUGAAGCGCAAGCAACGAGACAUAGAGAAAGCAAAGCACCAUCAAUUCCAAAAUGAGGAAAUAGAACAGAUUGUUGCUGCAAAGCAAAGAUUUGCUAAGAAUCCUCGAAACUAUGCCAUGCAAAAGAGCAGACUGAUGCGUGAGCUGGAGAUAGCUGAGACUGGUAGUGAGUAUGAGAAAGUAGAGUCAAUUCGACAGAAAUUGUCAGAGCUGGAAGAGCGAGCGGAACAACUAGAUAAAGCACGCAGCAAAGGAAUUAGUGUUAUUAGUUCUAUCAAUGAGCGAAAUAGGAAAAAGAACUUGCUUGAUGCUGAAAAAGCACUGGCGGAGGAAAUGGCACAGUUAGACAAGACUGUUGAUGAUCCUUUUACAAGGCGUAAGUGUACACCCAAAAUGGUUACUAAAACUCGUGAGGAUGCUCUUGCUGUGGAAAAUGUUAGUUUGGUUGCAGCACAAGCUCAGACCACACCAAAGCAGUCUCUGGCUAAUCAGCUGUCUGACACGAGUGUUGUGAAGUCUCAAGAAAGUCCUGUAGAAGCUAAAGAUUCAUCUGUGCGGCUUGAAAGUGAAACUAGCAGUCGACGAACUUCACUGGAUGAGAGAGACAGCAAACAAAAUGAUGAUCUUUAUUCUGCUCAUGAUUUUGACAUUAACAUCGACCUUACAGUUCUUGAGCCAACAAACGGGUCUUCAGCACUGCCUGUGAAGUCAACACCAGUUAUGAAAGAGUCGACGCCAAAGAGAUCUCUCAACUUAAGUGACUACAAGAAACGACGUGGUCUCAUAUAGAUCUUACUUACCAUCUUGAGAUGAUUGUGUAGGCAAGUUAUUCCAGUCAUGCCACUCGUUUUGGACAGCAAGUUGUUUCUUUGAUGUGCGCUGCUCUUCUGUGUCUGGACCAUUGCGGCCUUUUUGUGUAUUUACGACUGUUUUUAAUCCCGUACGUUGGCGCCUGUUCGAAGGGAACGGGAGGUUUUAUUGAAUUACUGUACCGCAGGAAUGCUAGUAGAGAGUGUAGUGUGUUGGUGUA